UUCACCGGGACUAAAAUUGGACGUGUAAUCAACCUCAGAAGAUUGAAUUGAUAAACUUUGUCUUGAAUUAAGAGUUUGAUAUUAGAAUUGAUAUUUGAUUCGAUUAAGAUAUUAUGAAUUAAUUUAGAACUUUUGAUUGUUAUGAUAAGGAGAUGGGGAGUUUGUUGUGUGAUGUGAAGAAGGAUGCUGAGGAGUUUUUGGUCCGCGGUAAGAUGGGGAUUUUGAGGAGUGAUGAGGUGAUGGGCGGCGCGGCUAUGCUGGGGAGGCCCGUGAUGGAUGUGGGGACUGUUCUGUUUGCUGAGGUUUUGGGGAGGACUCUUGGUGGGAGGCUGUUGCUUUCGGGUAGGAAGCUCUUUAGGCGUAUUGCGUGGCACCGUGCGAGUAUUAUAUUGGUCGUUCUUGAAUCCUGGGAGAUUAUGCAGCUGCCUGAAUGAACCAAUUCUGGUUCAAAUCACAGAGUGGAAUACUGGUGGUCUCCUUACAAGGAUAGAGGGGCUGAGUGCUUUUCUUCCAAAAGCUGAAUUGAUCAAUAGAGUUAACAACUACACGGAACUCAAAGAGAAUGUUGGAAGGAGGCUCUACGUGCAGAUUACUAGAACAAACGAAAAUACCAACGAUUUGAUACUCAGUGAGAAGGAGGUUUGGGUGAUGAUGCAUCAUCAAGAGGGAAUGCUUCUUGAUGGAACGGUCAGGCAAAAAUUUUCCUUAUGGUGCACAGAUAAAAGGAUAGGAGAUACAAACAGGAGUGGAUUACUGCAUAUUUCAAACAUAUCUCGAGGGCAUACCACAGCUGUCAGCAGCUAUCUUGCAGUUGGUGAUGAGGUUAAAGUUCUUGUUAUAAAGUCAGUGUUUCCUGAGAAAAUUUAUCUGAGCAUUGCCGAACUUGAGAGCGAGCCAGGUCUGUUCUUGUCGAACAGGGAGAAAGUAUUCUUGGAAGCUGUGGAGAUGAAGAAGAAGUACAGGCGGAGAAUGGCAGCCGUCUCCACCACAAGAAAGUUAGAAGCCCUCCAUGGACGGCCUGCCAUUUGGAGACGAAGAGAAGCACUACGCCAACUGGCAAUGGUUCAAGUUCGAGAGAGAAAACGAGCUCAAUCCUUGACUCUAGAAAUCCGGGUGGUACGAGAACCAUCAUUGAGAAAGAAAGAAAAAAAAAGGAUGGAGGGCUGACUCCAACGAGACUCGUCUCCUUUCUCGUUCAGCAUGCUGAGUAGGUGUUCAUCAAGAUGACCGUCGUCACAAUCCAAAUAAAUCGGCUAUUGUUGGAACAGAGACGAGAAGGGGCUCGCAGCAGCUGACCCGUGCAAAAAAACCCCCUUCCGCAGUUCUUGUAAGUCGAGCUUCGUUUACGCUAAUCUUGAUUUUUUGCAUGAAAUGUGAUACUUAAUUACAUGCUAGGGUUAGAGAAAAUUCCCCUUAGUUUAAUUUUGCUUCCACUCUUCUUUGUUGUAUGUCCAGCAUAGAAAAAUUAUUGCCUCGAAAUUUCGAACUAAUAUUUUAGAAUAUAUAUCCCUUACGAAAACAUUUUUGUGCAUCUACACUUGAUCUGAUGUGGUUGAUGAUGAUGUUUGGGUUAUUCAUGUUUGAAAAAAAAUUGAUAACAUGUUUA